UACAAUGAAAUGUCGACUACGCAAUAUUUAUCACCAACUGACACACUUUACUCUAGGGAUAGAAGCCCCUGGCUUGCUGAAACUCAAAAUUUCCUUGUGGUGGCUUUAUCUCAGCUGAUGUCAUGCUACACACGUGCUUGUCACAGUCACCUCGUCCCUUAUCGUCCAGUCAGAGGUUAAAAAACAACAGCCUUGAAACGUGGGUGACAGGAAACAUGGCGAAGAUCCUCAACUCGCCACCGUCGGCUGUCGCCGUGUUGAUGGUCCACCUGGUGGCGGCCAUCUCGGGGCCGAGCUCCGUCCAGUUGCAAAACAACGAGUACAAGAAUGUCCUAGUAGCCAUCAGCCCGGAUGUUCCAGAAGAUCCUGCACUCAUACAGAGCAUUAAGAAUGCGUUUAUCGGGGCGUCAUCGUACCUAUACUUGGCGACCAAUCAAAGGGCCGUCUUCCGUGACGUCAUCAUUCUCGUGCCCAGCACGUGGCGAGUGCAAGCUUCCUACGGCGCUUCUACGUGGCAAGUUCUCGGCAGCGCUGACGUGGUUGUCACGGGGAGUCUGGCACCUGCCGCCCCGUCGCCGCCGUUGGGAGGAGCUCCGGGGGAGUCUUCCGUCGCUUCACAAGCUGCAGCUGCUGCAACCUUCACAAAAUCCUACGCCGGCUGCGGGCAGCAUGGCAUCCGCAUCUCCAUCUCCACCGAUGUCCUGACUAACAGUCAGCUGGCUAGCACCCUCGGAUCCCCAGCACGUGUUUUGGUGCAUGAGUGGGCGACAUUUCGCUGGGGAGUGUUCAACGAGUACGGCCAGAAGGGGAGCUACAGUUCUACUACUCGCCAUCCACGGGGCAACUGGAGGGAGUUCGGUGCACAGAAGGGAUUGCCGGACUCAUUUACCAAAUGGACCCGCAGACAGGCAAACCUACAACCGGAAACCAUGCACAACUACAACGCACCUAGUCGCCACAACCGUCUGUGUGGACAUCGCAGCACGUGGUCUGUCAUCGCCGGGUCCGAAGACUUCAAGAACGGCCGAAACCCUCCGCGCGAAGGGGUGGACACCAUGCCAGUCUUCACUAUCGUGCAGGCCCCUGGUACCCCACGUCUGGUGCUGGCCCUGGAUACGUCCUCCAGUAUGUCUGAAGACAACAAACUGCUGUUGAUGAGACAAGCGGUGGCGUCGUUCAUCAGCGACGGCCUGCCCCCCGAGACCGUGGUGGGCAUGAUAACAUUCAACGAAAACGCCGACGUGCAGCGACCACCGGUGACCCUGAGGACACCCGAGGACAGGCAGAAGUUUGUGGAUCAUCUGCCCACCGACUGCGGUGGCGCCACCAGCAUAGCAUCGGCGCUAGUCCGCGCUGCAGAGCUUCUCCAUAACACUGCACCUACGACUAGCAUCCGUAAUGUCUCAAGCUCCGAGCUCCCGGCUCUGUCAUCUAUGGGUCACGUGCUGGUGAUAACGGACGGCGAGCAGACGACCGGCCCUGACGUCAGCUCCGUGAAGGGGAGGCUGGAGACUGCUGGUCUCGCGGUCAGCUUCGUCCUGCUCGGAGGUCAACCCCCCGAUGACCUUCUGGCGUUAGCGCGUGAUACAGGCGGAAGAAGUUACUAUGACCUCAACGGCCCAGAAUCAACCGCUGCUGUGGAUGCUUUGUUCGAUUUUCUGGACAUCUUCAACACCGGGGCAUUCCCUUCACCUGUUCAGUUGUGCAGCAGAGCAAGAGAAGUUUCCUCUGAAAAAGGUUUGGAGGGAGAGGUGGCUAUAGAUGCCGAUGUUGGGCAAACAACAGUAUUCAUCUUUUCUUACUCGGAGUCAGCGCCCGAAGUCUCGGUCCGUUCUCCUUCCGGUCGGUUUUACGACCGACGCUACCCUGAAUACCUUCUGGACGCCAGGCUUCAGCUGAUCAAGAUUCAAGUUCCGUUAAAAGCCGAGACAGGCAGGUGGAAGUACAAGGCCAUCAACACCGGCAUCCGCCAGAGGAUCUCGUUGCUGGUCUUGUCCAGUCCUGCGAAUGCCAGCGAUGUCCCGGUACAGUUGACGGGUAGUCUGAUAAACAAACCUAACGUCUGGCCCACCACCAUGCAUAUCAUCGGCGAGGCUACGCAGAGAGGUCGCCCUGUCCUCGGACUGACCAUGUACGCCACGGUCUUCGGACCUUUUGGGGAUCCCAUCAGUACACAGCUCAUGGACAACGGCGCAGGCUCAGACAUCGUGGAGGACGAUGGGGUGUACUCACGCUACUUCUCCAAGUUCACGGGCCCUGGCCUCUACACCGUUCGCCUGACAGCCACCGGCUUCUGUCCGGAAGGAGAGAAUUCCUCUCAAUGCACACCCGAUCCACAGUACGGAAAUGUGGAACGCACGGCUUCAGCUGGUUACAUCUUCAUCACUAUGAACACCAGCGCCCACCAAUCCAGCAGCGGAAGUGACGACACAGAGGCACCCGUGCGCAUCUCCGACCUGCGAGUGGUGAAGACAUCCAGCAAGAACCGCACCGUCGUGCUCAGCUGGCGGGCGUCUGGAGAUGACACAGACCAAGAAACAGCGUCUGAGUACGAGGUGCUGUUUGCGCCGACGAUUGCUGACCUGCUGACCCUCUCCAGCCGCGUGCUGGCCGUGACCAAGGCGGAGGUUGUCCACGGCAACCUGAAGGCGCCGCAGUCGUUCGGCAACCGCGAGUACCUGAGCGUGCGCAUACCCGCCUCGCUGGAUCAACGUCAGCCUCGUCUUCACUGUCGUCGCCAUCGACGAAGCAGGAAAUAAGGGAGAGCACUCCAACUACGUGACCGUAGGGCUGGGCACCGUGCCGGACCUGACGGACCACAAGUACUGGAGGGAAGGACAGUUUCAAGAUGCUGUCAAUCUCGCUCCGCCCAAGAAACAAAGGGUCGUCAUCGCCGGGGUAUUGGGAACCUUCUCUGGUCUUCUGCUUAUUGUCGUUCUCUCUUCGGGUGCGAUGACGUACGUAUGCAGAAGAAAAUCUUGUCAGCCGCCAGAAGCAGAUGAAGGCAGCAAGAUGGAGAGGCAUACAAAUGGAAAGAGCAGUAACUACGUUUUGCAGAAAUCGACUCACCACAACGGGAUGUUUCGUCACGACGUUUGACAUCGUUGUCAAGACUAUCAGGGUGUCCUCUCCCAGACUUACAGAUCAGAAACACACAAAAUGAGAUUUCACAAAUGUACAUUUCGAUUUCAUCAGCUCACUUUUCUGAGUUAAGUACUUGACAGAGAGACAAUUUUAUUUGCCACCGGAUGAUUCGGCGUCCAUCAUCAUCACCACCGGUUCCUUAGCUGUGUGAUUGACCGGGGAGGGGAUGGAGGAAAGUCUGAUAUUAUCUUCAACACUCUCCGUCUCUAUCGGUUCUCCUCCAUUCUCCGCAUGGUGCGAUGAAUGGCAGGCUAAUCAACUCUUGGAGGUCGUCUUCCCAUUGCUGUCUUUGUCUGCCUCGUCUUCUUUUAUCUCCCUAUACUCUUCCAUCAGGAUCGUCUUUGCAAGUCCCUUAUGAUCUUGAGGUGUGCCCGCACCACUUCAGCUCGCGUCUUUUGACUAUGAGCAGCAGGUCUUCGUGGGUCCUAAGAAUUUGCCUGAUUCUCUUUUGUAUUUUCUUACAUCUCUGUCGUGAGGCAGACUUUGUGGGCGACGGGAAGGAAAGGUUCAUCAUAUAUCAUCUCAUGUCCAUGGCCUGCGUUCUGUUUGCCCAGUCAAGGUCAUAGUUUCACAUGUGUGAAGCAAGAUGAAGAUGACCUGGACUCUAAUGCAGAGUACGCCAUUUUAUAACCCUUUCAAUUGACUGAUUGAUGUUCGUCAUCCAUCUAGAGGCUGGAGGUAUAAUCCUGAUAGAGUGUCGGGAAAUGUAGUGUCAUACAGGCUUCAAUGUAGGAGGAGCUGAACCCUUGCAUCUGAGCGGCAGACUAUUUUUGGCCUCUCACCGUUACGUCCUUUGAUCUCAUGUUUAGUCAUGUGAAUCCAUGGAUUCCACUGACAUUUUCUAGCUUAUCAACACGGUCAGAAAGUCUUCGUUUUUUUUUUUAACACAAAUAACUCAUCUAUGUCGAUAAUUGGGUUGCCUUCACUGCUGACUGAACCCUAGGGUUCUUCUGCCAUGACUCUUUCGUGGAAGACAUUCAGCAGAAGCUCAUUUUCAUUUAGUCCAGAUGGAAUUUUUUUCUCCCGAAGAUGUUGAACAGUGUUGGGAGAAUAUACAACCUUGUCAGAUUCGAGGUAUUGCUAUAAAGCAGUCUCCUACCCUUCAGAAGUACUCUUAUGUGUAGGUCCUCUUUGUUAACAUACACACACAAUAGAUACAUUCGAGGAAUGUAGGAAUAGCAAUUAGUGCUUUAGCAGCAGCCGUAGUGGCGACACGACAAUCACCAGCAACAUCAGUAUAUAUCAGUACAUGACAGUUAUUUUGCUCAGCAUGCAGAGGACAAGAAAAUAGUAGGCGUGACAUCAAACGUGUCCACCGUUGCCUUACCUAUUGCACUUCUUGCACCUUACCUACACAAGCUGAAAUAAUGUCAACUGAGAUGGAAAGUGCUCCUCCUGGUCUUUUUAACAACAGCAAAAAACAAUAAGAAAAACGUCAGCUACGGCUUGUUUAACAAGAAAUCAUCCGGUGGCAAGAUCACGGUUUGUUAACGAGAAAGUGUCAAAGGCGCAGUUUGUUCAUGAGAAAUAAGAAGCGUGAAAGAUCACGGCUUGUUCAGAAGAAAACAGUUAAUGUCAAGGUUGCUGCUUGUUAGCAAGAAAGCUGCUGUGUCGUGGCCCCAGCAGACUCCGCGGCGAGCUUUCAAGCGUAACGCUGACGCCAUCUUUGAUCUUUUUGUGUGCAAGUUGACGAGGAACCUCGGCGAUGACUUGUCCCGUGGUGCGCAAGCGUCAGCGGCAGAUAACUCACGCUUCGGUGCUCUCCGAUGUUGGCUCGUUUGAAGCUUUUGCUAAAUGUUGGAGAGUUGGAAGGAAGGAGGUGUCUCCGGAAACUCUGCGAGAAGCGGGAGAAAUUGAUUUCUUUUUCUUUUCAGUUUUGCUGAAUUAUAUGACCCACAAGCAAAACAAAAUAUCGUAUUCACGAGAGAAAACAAAAGCAUAAGAAAACGUUUAAAGGAAACGUUACAUGGCAGAUCGUGCUGGCGACAGCAGUAACGUCAGGCUACAAAAGUGAGGCCAGUUGAUGGCGUCACCAAAGCUUUUGCCGGGCACGGGGCAUCUCGACCCAGCGCGCUUGAUGAGAAAUGGUUUGGGGCAUUAGUAUGCAUAUCGUGAAACUCUAUUGGCGGUUGCCGCAUGUUGGGCCAUAAAACUUAAACAUCCCUCUCGUCCAGACGAGAAUCAUGCUCGCUCCAUGCCUUAUUUUCUGUCGCCCACAGGCAGGAGGAAAAAAAAGGAAAAAAAAAACCCACUGGCCUUACUCCGUUCCAUAAAGCUUUAAUGCCAAACAUGGCUGGGAUUACGAUGACACAAACGAAGCUGAUAUCGUUGUGCCCACGAUGGUUCCUCGCCCCCCUUCACUCCUCCAGGCAAACCAACCCCCUCCCCACUCGCACGGUGUCUGAAAAUGCAGGCACGUCUGCAUGCGCGUGGGCAUGGCAACGACAGAGCAAGGGAGUGCCCGCGAGGGACAGCUGGUGGAUUUGCAGCACUUAAUACUGGUUGACAAGCCUGAGCGGCUGGAGUAGCCACUGUUCGAAUAACGCCGUGUGGAGCCCACGUUCAUUGUUAUCCGCGCUUCUCCACACUUUAAUGCACUGCUUAUGUUACCUGAAGUGAAAUUUAACUGUGAUGCUGCCAAAUUGACAGGAAAUAGCUUCUGUCAUUGUCUAAUCGCUAUCAAAUAGUAAUUUAUACAGUUUUUACAUGUGUGUGUGUGUGUGUGUGUGUAUGUCUGUUUUCUGGUUCAUUUAUGUCGUGGUUGUUGGUGACUGUGGUGAAUAGGAGAUUUGUUUAUAAGCAUACUUGAGAUCUUUCAUUUUAAUACAAUUUGACAAUCCAGGUGUUGGAUAUGUGGGUGAAUCAAUUGUGGCCAGAAUGAUCAAUGACUAUUAAUUUAAGAGGACUGUUUAAAUAAAACCGCAAAUGUAUUUUUUUCUGGCACCCGCUGGAGUCUUCUUGCCAAUGAUUGUUCAAAAUCCAUUUUGACAUACUUUUAUUUUGUUCUUUAUGAAUUGUUGCCAGUCCUUUUAUAUUCUUCGCACCUAACGAGUUUCAAGUAGCGGCGAACUUCGAUGUCACCUGCCGCAGUAAAACUUUGCGCUUAUGUCGGCACGACGUUCUUGACCUCGCUCUUCAUCAUGGGGCGUCCUUAGGAACAGCCGCGUAAUCUGAAGAGUUAGAACAUUUCUAAAUGCCGCCUGUUUGCUGACAUUUUCUGCCAAGCAGCAUUUAGUUCAAGUGUUGAAUUAAAGCUCACAGCCAUCGGCUUGGACCUACUCAGAGCACGCAGUGAAGAUGUGCAAGCAUGUGAGCAAUACGUGUACGCAACUUUUUGAUGUUGAAAAACUGCGACAACGAGACCGCACACGUUGUUGCAGAACUCCUUCUCGAAAGUGCUACAGGCCAAGAAACGCAGUUUCAUUAAGAUGCUAUUUCAGGCAAAAACAAAUUUUAUAAUAAUACCCAGGACGUUGCUGCAGGCCAAGAAAUACAGGGACAUCCCAUCAGUACUACAGCAGGCGUGACGACGCUACUGCCGAGCCUCCUCGACAGCUACAGACCAAAAAUUACAGUGUCGGAUGGAAUCUGUGACAAAAAAGACGAAGGGUAUCAUUUCCUACCAAAAAAAAAAAGCAAAAACUAUCUUGUAACAUAAAACCUGUGUGUGUGCAUGAGUGCGUGCGUGUGAGAGAGAGCUAGUGGGUGUGUGCGAGAGAAAAAUAUAGAAAGGGACUAUAAAUGUCACUACAAAGAAAAUAUCGCUUUGAUUUUCUCUGUUGACAUAAAUAUUCCUUCGUUGUUAAUAAAGAAUGCUGAAUUCUGUC